CAAUGAACGAGGGAUUCACACAUAUUCAAGAUGAUCUGGAUAGAUUACAUAACUGGAGCACUGAUUGGCAACUGCCAUUCAAUUCUGAUAAAUGUGGUGCCUUAUAUUUCAAUAACUCCCACCCGUAUUUCAGGUUACACCUAGGUGACUCCUCUCUCCAAACCCUCAAUUCCAUAAAAGACCUGGGAGUUACCUACUCACAGAACUUAACAUUUAGUCAGUAUGCAAAAGCACUUGUUUCUAAAUGCCGAAGACUCACAGGCUUGUUACAUCGAAAAAUGUACACAACUGAGGCUAAAGUCCUUUUAUACAAAGUCAUGGUUCGCCCAGUAAUUGAAUACUGCACAAUUGUCUUCGGUUUCAUGAAUGGGUAUGAUAGGGUUCGUAUUGAAAAUAUUCAGCGAAGUUUUACACGACGCCUAUUACACAAACAUGAAGGACUGACUUACGCGGAUAGGUGCAAAAUGUAUAGACUUCAGCCACUUUGGUUAAGGCGCCUGAAACUCAACCUUACAUUCCUUUUUCGCCUUUUACAUGGCUACCUCAAAAGCAGUAAUCCAAUAGCUUUCAAUAAUUUAACCAUAUAUACUCUUAGAAAUCAUGAAAAUACUCUAUCCAUAAGCCGGUACCGGACAAAACUGCGAUCACGUUUCUUCAAAAUACAGUACAGUGCAUUAUGGAACGAACUUCCACUUAAUGUACGUAGUUGCCGAUCUCCUACUGAAUUCCAGCGUCUCCUUAACGAGUUCUUGUCAACAAAAGAGCUUCGGUCUACUUAUCCAUACUUUACCCAUAUGGGCUGUUCAUCUAACUUUGGUACUACAGACCCCAGUGCAAUACCCCCAAUUUGAGGAAACUCAUUUGCCCCAGCAACAGUACCGCACCUAAAACGUGAUAAAACCAACCCAAUUUCUCCCACAUGCCUUGAUCUGAGGUUUGGUUAUUCAGCUUAUUGGAGAUCUUAUCAAUAUUUCAUCAAUCGGGCUUAUAAACUCAUAAGACUAUCUAUAAUUAUCCUGGACGUAUAAUCCCAAAUUAGUUGUGAUAGUUCUUCCAUAAUAUAAGCAAACUGUUACUUUGUAAUGUCUAAAGCACGCCAUAUGAAAAGUGGCCAGGAAAACUUAGCAAUAACAAACUCAGCCAACCAACCAUUUUCCCCAAGCUCAUUCAACCUAACCUUAUCUUUAAUCGUACCACUAUCCACUACACUCUAAUCCGUAGAUUAUGUCUUAAUUUGACCCAGUACUGAAAACUCUUCUACCUUUUACUUUUAAAGAUGUUCUAACUACUAACUGCGCAGUAACCGUUUAACUAACUCACUGACUUUCUCUUCACUGUAAUCUUCAAUAAGUUCGUCAGUGUAAUUAUUUCCAUAAACAAUUACAUUAGCAACCAUAUCUUUUAAUAUUUUACAUAUAUGCUUAUAUUAUUAGCACUAUUUUUGAGUUGAAAUGACUAUCUUCAGUCAACACCUACCCAUAUUCAUAUAAUUUUCUAAAAAAUUCAUAAUGUUGAAAUUAUGUAGUAUUUCUCCAUUAUGUAAUUGAUGAGUCACUUUGCAAUGUGUAACGCACACCAUAUAAAAUCGGUCGUGAAAAUUUAGCAUAACAAUUUCUGCUAACCAGUUGCCUUACUCAGGACCACUUUACAUAACUUUAUCACUAAUUGUUCCACUACUCAUAUCACUCUGAUAAAUAGAAUAUAACUUAGUUGUUCUAAUAUUAGCUAUUUUUAUACUUCAUAACUCUUAAGGGAAACCUAAUUUCUUAGUCUUUUGUAGUAACCCACUUGUUCACUAGUAUGAUGAUAAUAUUGCUAACGAUGUCCUCUGGUAUUAUUGUGCCAUGUGACCUAAUGGGAAGCACUUGUCAUGAAAGCUGUUAAUGUGCAGCAUACUGUAUGAUUGGGACGGAGUCAAAGCAAUCCAAUAUUACAACUGCAGUCAUUGUGAAAGGUCUCAGAGCUUAAUGUC